AUGGCUAGUAGCGAUUCUGAACGAGAAUUCAUCAACGAUGAUUAUACAGUCGGUUGGAUUUGCGCAAUAAAGACUGAGCUUGUUGCUGCACGAGUCUUCCUCGACCAAGAAUAUGAGCUGCCAGGUUAUGUGUCUGCAAAUGACAAUAACAAUUGUGCUCUAGGUAGGAUUGGAAAGCAUAAUGUUGUCAUUGCGGUCUUGCCCCAUGGAGAAUACGGCCUCUCCUCGGCGGCAAGCGUAGCAAGAGAUAUGCUACAUACUUUUCCGAACAUCAGGAUUGGGCUCAUGGUGGGCAUUGGAGGGGGCGCUCCAAGUGAGAAGCAUGACAUUCGCCUUGGAGAUGUGCUGGUUAGUCUUCCUCGCGAUGGAAAAGGUUGUGUAUUACAGUACGACUUUGGCAAAACCAUCCAAAGUCAAACCUUUCAACAAACAGGGGUUCUUAACCAAGCACCAAUACUUCUAAGGACGGCUGUAAGCGGACUUGAGAGCCAAUACGAAAUAAAUGGACACGCAAUUCAAGAAACAAUUGAUGGAAUUCUCAACAACAAUGCAAGGUUAAGAAGCAAAUACAAGCGACCGAACCCGGACACAGAUAGGCUCUAUCGAAGCAACGUUAUUCACUCUUCUACGGAUAAUAUAAGUUGUCGCAUCUUCUGCGAUGAUGACCCGCAGAAUGUGAUAACACGCUCUCAAAGGGACAGCAGCGAAGAUAACCCAGCAAUCCACUAUGGCCUGAUUGCUUCUGCAAGUCAAUUGAUGAGAGAUGCUGAGGUUCGAGACAAAUUAGUCGCUGAAAGGGAUAUACUAUGCUUUGAAACAGAAGCGGCUGGUUUAAUGAACCAUUUUCCUUGCCUAGUUAUACGCGGUAUUUGUGACUAUGCCGAUACGCAUUCAAAUGCAGAAUGGAGAGGCUACGCAGCAAUGGCAGCAGCCGCAUAUGCGAAAGAUUUGCUAUGUCGGAUUCCUCCAAAUCGAGUUGAGGCCUUAAAAAGGAUGGAUAUCUUUGCUGGUAAGCGUUAA